UCCGAGAGCGAAACGCUCUGACUUUACAAACGGACAAUGACAACGCUCUGAAUUUACGAGCGGACUCUGGCACUCAAGGUUGGAUUUAAGAACACACCCGAAGUCGUAAAAUGUCUAACUAGUAAUUUGUUACGCUAACUAGCUAGCAAGAGGUUGCAUAGCAAUAGCAUCAACUUCCGGUUAUCCGGCGAAGAGCUAGUACGCUCAACUGAAAGAUACUGUUCCGUUUACAGUAUACUAAAAUUAACUUAUAGUAUGUAGUAUAUACUCAUUAAAUAUGUAGAAUACAGUAUGUUAGUAUGGGUAUUCGAACACGGCGCCAGUGAUCAACUCCUACAGCAUGUUUUGUAGUUGUCAUGGUAACAAUUUACUAGUUCCGUCAACAAAAUCGCCGGAGAGACUCCUCGUCAAGGUCCAUGAAACAGUUGGGAAACUUGAUGGGAUGCAGGACAAAUAGAAGUAUCUGGCUGGGAAGGAGCUUGUUUUGUAUCCAAGUAUGUUGGCCAGUCAGACUAGAAAUAAACCACAAUGUCGCGAGUUUACGGGACCAACACCUCAUUCAGUGGCUGUGAGGGCAAGGUUCCCAUCAUCCAGGCCUCCAGACUACCUCAUCCUGGAGAGAAGGAAACAGGAGGAGGCCCGGGACAAGGUGUUGGAGUUCACCAAGUACCAGAACACCUGUGACCUUAAGACGCGCUGGGAGAAGAACUCUGACCGGCGUAUUGUGUUGGGAACCAUUGAGAGACGGGUCAAAGAUGCCAUUGGGCAGUAUCAGAUGACCAUCAAUGAGAGGAGGGAUAGACUGCAUGAUAUGUUGGAGGCAGAGGAGAAGGAACUGCUGAGAGAAAUGGAGACCAAGAAGGAGACAGUACUGGAGAGACAAGCCAAGAUGCGAGAGAGAGCUAAGUUACUGCGAGAGAGGAGGGAGAGUGAAAGACUAAGUGUGGUUGAAGACAAGCUUGAACAGCUAUUCAGAGAGCAGAGUGAGGAGCUCCGGACUGAACAGACUCGGCGCAGGCAGAACGAAAUUUGCACAGAGCGGGCUGCGCAGCUAUGUACACGGCAGGUGACGCAGCGGCAGAAAGAGGAGGAGGAGCAGCUCUUUGCUCAGCUGUGGGAGAGCGACCGGCAAGCCAAGGAGGAGCGGGAGGGCCAGGAUGCGCAGAGGCAACGCCAGAGUAACUUGCAGCAGCUGGUCUACCUGCGCGUCCAGAUGGAGGCUGCCGAGCAGCAGAGAGAACAGGCCAAGCAGCUCAAAGAGGAAGAGGCCCUGCUACUGAGGGAGCAGAGAGAGAUGCUGCAUCUGGAGGAGCAGAGAGAGCACCGUCAUAAGCUCCAAGGUCAGGAGAGCCGGCGCAGGCUGCUCGACCACUCUCUGAGGCUGAAGAUGAAGCGCCAGGCCAGGGAGCAGCAGGACGAGCUGGCCCUGGACAUGAGCAUGCUCGAGCAGCUGCUGACGGAGGAGAGAGAUGAGAAACAGGGCAAGGUCACGAGGAAGCUUGAACUGCGAGAGGAGCAGAGUAGGUACCAGCAGUACCUGGCCGAUCAGCUUGAGGAGCAGAAGAGACAGGAGGUGGAGACAGAGAAGCUGAUCGAGGCAGAGCUAAAGCAGACCUGGGCCCGGAGGGCAGAGCAGUGUCACAAAGAGAAACAAGCCAGGGAUAGGCUGAUGAAGGAUGUGAUGGACACACGCCGCCUGCAGAUACAGGAGAAAUUGGAUUUGAACAAGCAGAAACAGGCUCAGCUGGCCGAGGAGAGAGACGAGCUAAACAAAACCAUACAGGAGAACAAACUGCUGGAUGAGAGAGAGAAAACUCGUCUGAGACAGGGCUGUCAGGAGUUUCAGACAGACCUGCUGGCCCAGAUGAUGUACCAGCAGCAGUUGCGUGAUGAGGGGAGAUCUCAGACAGAGCAGGAGCACCAGCAAGGCCUGGUCUACCAGGAGCAGUACAACAGGAAGAUGCAGGAGAUCCUCUCCAGGCCUACCUCACACACCAGGGCUGUCCACCCCUUCAGGAGAACCUCUUCCACUAACCCACAGGGACAGUUUAGCUUGGAGUAACCUAGCAUGUGAAGUAAAGCAAAUGCAUUUAUGGCCUGGCUCGGCAGGGAACACAUACUUUCGUAAUUCAGACAACACACACACAAACGAAUCUCUAAAAAUCAUACGCCUGAUCCUGUCUUACCUCACAAACAUACAUCUCCGGCAAGUGCUUUAUGUGUAAUCCUCUUAAGACAAAUCCGAAAUUAGCUGUCCCAAGUUUCUCAGAAAAUGGCUAAUGGAUAUUAAAUGCAAAUAAAAUAAGUUUAAUCAUAUUUUUGAUUUCAGAAAAAAUGUCUAUUUUGCUCCAUGGCAGAGUGCUAUAUUGCAAACAUUGAUGGAGGAUUUCCCCAGGAACAAAGCUGUUCAUAUUUUGUUCAGUAGGUAGUGCUGAAAAUGUAUUUUUUCAGUUCAAUUUCAGGAACUCUUUAUGAGCAUGUUGUUGGUAUAUUGAAUGUACCUAAUUUAAGGAUAAGUCGAUUUUCAAUUUAAUAAUAUUACUGUGGAGGCCUGCCUGCAUACACUUCAAGAAAGCAGUGUCUUUCUGGAUUUCAUUGUAAUGUAAUAUCACGUGAUGGCAAACAUAACGUUGUUGGA